ACGUCACAUGUGUGUUGAAGGUAUUAUUUUAAGUGUCAUAUGGUAAUGUUAUUUCAAUGCCACGGAGAUGUGUUUAUUGAUAGUAGGUUCUACCGCUUCGUCUUCAUUUCUUUGAAAUGCAACCUCACGUACGCUCACAAUGGAAACAGAACACUCGAUGUUAUGUUUCUUUCUUACUCUGCAUCGUUAUUUCUCUUUAUUUUACAUUUGUAUUUCUAAGUUCUUAUUAUCUAGAUGAACGUUACACACUCAAAUGUCUUGAUGAUAUUCUUGUGAAUGAUGGAACUCUCCUGAAGUCCAACGAGGAGUUUCACCUGCGAAAAUAUGGUUUACGAGAAAUAAUUACUGAAAAUGCUCUUUUAAAGAAGAUCUUAGGCAGUGUACUUAAAAAUCCUUCUUCCGCUUAUCGUACAGACGUAACUGGUCAGUUGAAUUCACUAAAUUACCUUUCAAGGAAACUGGAAAAUAUCAUGGAUGUUGAUUAUGGUCUGAAGUCAGAAAAAGACCGAAAUCUUCCGAAUUCGGAUUCUUUAAAACUCAAUCUUAUCAUGAAUGGAGUUCGAGCCUGGCAAGAACGUGGCCUGAGGUAUGCAGUUUCAUCGUUAAACACUCACUCCACAAAUUCUGCUUCAGAUACGAAUCAUUUAGAAAGUGAUGAAGGUCUUCCGGAUACGUUAGGAUGUCAGGAAAUUUCACAAAUCAUUAUCCAAGAAGAGUUAGGUCGAGGGUACACAAAACGCACGCAACGUGGUUUAUAUCACAAUCGAGAGGUUGCUGUAAAAAGUGUCGCUCUUGAUUCUACUGACGUUCACAAUUGUAUGAAAAAGAAAAGAACAAAACUGGUUUCUGAUUGCCUGCUUCUCUCAAGAUAUAAAGUUAUGAAGGAGCUGUUGUUGUAUCAACAAUUGAAGCAUUCCAAUGUCAUUAAAUUAUUGGGCUACUGCUUUCAAAACGAUCAAGAUACUGGAAACGUAAAAACCCGAGGUUUGACGGUUGUCACCGAACUUGGAACUCCUCUAAAUCUGAUGACCAUCUUGCAGAUGGCAUGGCACGAACGGUUUAGGAUUGCUGUUGGUCUGGCAAGAUUGCUAAAGUACUUCAGUGAAUCUCCGCUUGGUUCAUUGGUAAUUCGUGAUUUUCAAUUGAUUCAAUUUGUGACUGUAAAUGGUGACGUCAAAAUUUCAGACUUGGAUGACGUCACCAAUGAAGGAAUUCGUUGCAAGUCUAAUUCGGAUUGUGUAAUAGGAAGCAAGACCAAAAACAUCUCUUUGUCUUGCAUAAAUAACACAUGCGCGGGAUAUAAUGAGAGAUGGAAUCUUUAUAACCUCGAAAGAUUUUAUUUGAAGGAGUUUCUUCAAAUCGGAGCUCCGCAGGGUGUGUUUGAAGAUUUGCAGAAAAUUAAGAAAAAAUCGGCAUCAUUUAUGUACGACGCUUCCACAUUGUUAAGUGACUUGGAGUAUCUUCUGAGGAAACUAAGGAACGGUUUUGGAUUAGAAAAAUACAGACCCCGAAACAAAUAUCGUGCGAUUGCACAUGCAGAUUUUCCUGGUUUUCAUGACUACGAGUGUGAUUAUUCAUUAUCAUUCGUAAAUUGUCAGAUGUUAGUAUACGAUGAAGUUGGUGCUAUGAAAGAGUGUGACAAUGAUGUACAUUGUAGAUCAUUUGUCAUGUCGUAUGAGAAAUCAUGGAUAGGUUACAAAUGGGCCUUUUUUAAAAACAACUUAACUAACAUUGUCUCAAGUCCAGACAACAUGGUCUACGUUAAAGUCACGUGAUAAAGGAAGACGCAUACUGCAAGAUGGAAUGCUCCAUGUGAAUGAAGGUGCAUUAUAUAUAUGCGUAGAAGUAGAAUAUAUGCUCCAGUCCUUCAAGAGAAGAGUCAAGGCUUUCUAUUACCACACUGUAGUGGUACGUUGACGCUAAAUGGACAUCGUAUAUUUCAAGCCUUGUUUUAUAAAAUAAUGUAUAUACAAUUAGAUUUUCAAAUGUUAAACUAAACAUAUUUGCAAUCUGAAAAA